AUGACAUUCAUCCUUCUCUCUGCGGGAUCAAAUGCCCAAGGACAACUAGGGCAUUCGGAGAACGAAGAUGCCCACACUUUCCAUCCCUGCCUUUUCCAUGACCAGCCGCCAGGAUCCCUGCCUAAUGGCCCAUCCACACGCGUACUCGAGAUAGCUGCAGGAGCUAACCAUACGCUUGCCCUCCUUGAGAAAGACGAAAACACAAAAACGGACCUUUCAAAAAGGAGGGAGAUAUGGGCCUGUGGCGACGGACGCCGAGGACAGCUGGGACCGCAACUGCAAGAUUCGUCUCGCCGCCCUCGAACGGACAUCUUUCGAAAGCUCGAAUUUGAUCGGGAAGGGCUGGGGGAAUACCAUCCCAAAGCCAUCGCUGCUGGCUGGGAAACUUCUUAUGUGGUCAUGUCCUCCCUUGACCCAACCAAGGAUGAUAUUUGUUUCUCCUUUGGCUCGAACGACUUCGGAGACCUUGGAACUGGUGAAGCGGCCACGAGCACCAUCAAACGGUCCGGUUCGACUGGAACAAAUGUACAACUUGUCUCGUUCAGCCAUCUCAGAGUCGAUGGUAAGCCACUGUCACAGUUUGGACCCCUCCGAAUCGAGUCCCUGGUGGCCAGUCAACAUCACGUCGCUGCCAUCCUCCGAGCGAACGAGACUAGAUUGGUCGUAGGCUGGGGUGCUUCCCGGCAUGGGCAAGUCGGACUCGUGGAGGCAGUCGGGCCAAAAGGCAAGGUGAAACCCAUAGCUAUCAUCGACAGGCCACGCAUCAUAUCCGUCGAUGAUCCCCACGAUCCCUUGGUCACUCUGUCUGUUGGGUCGCAGCAUACUGUCGUUCUGCACGCUUCAGGAAAAGUGGCCGGCUUUGGGUCGAACCGCAAGGGGCAAUUGAACCUUGGCGGGUUCGAAAAGGCGAAAAAUAUCGGCUGCACUUGGAACGGCACUUUCGGCCUCGUUGUGUCAGACGAGGGCAAUUCAAUAUACGGCGUCGGAAGCGAUACUCACGGGCAGCUGGGUCGCGGCGAGGGAGUGCCAGGUGACCAAGGAGCUUCUCAGCCAAGGCCCGCAGAUUUCCCCGAGUCAAUCGCAGGACAUAGGCCGCUGAAGCUGAGCUGCGGGACAGAGCACGUUUUGUCUCUAUGGACUGCAGUUGGCAAAGAGGAGACGGAAGUUUGGGGUUGGGGAUGGAACGAGCAUGGAAACCUUGGAUUAGGGAGCACUGAUGAUAUCCACCGGCCAACCAAGAUAUGGCCGAGAGAAGGUACUGUUGGUACUGUGGUGGAUAUUUGGACGGGGUCUGGGACAAGCUGGAUACUCUGUAAGAAGUAG